GGUCUCUAUAUUUCACCUUUGGUACCCUACGUCAACGAUUUAAAUCGUACGUGUCUAUUCUCUUACGUUACUCUCUUUCUCUAUACAAAUCCUGUAACCUGAAAAGUUAUUCCACAACAUAUUGACCAUGGGUGGAUAUUUAAUAAUUCUUGUUGUACAGUGUGUUCUGAUAAGUGUUUGUAAUUCUCAACAACGUGUAGCACCUGGUGUUCCUCCACAACAGUACCAGCAACCGCAGUACCAACCACCUCAGUAUCAACAAGCUCAACCACAGUACCAACAACAGCAACAGUUUCAGCAAGUACCUGCCCAGCAACAGCAAGUGCCUGUCCAACAACAAGUACCUGUGCAGCAAGUGCCCGUACAACAGCAAGUUCACCAGGCUCAACCUCACGGACACCAUUCUCAACAUGCUCCACCUCACCCAGAUCAAGUUCUCAAUACUGCCAAUAUAGCCCAGGAGAAAGAACACAUUGCGGAACAUUUCGAUGUACCUAUUGACACGAGUAAAAUGACAGAGCAAGAAUUACAAUUCCAUUACUUUAAAAUGCACGACGCUGAUAAUAAUAAUAAAUUGGACGGGUGCGAACUCGUGAAAUCCCUCUUACAUUGGCACGAUGCAGAGGGCGGUGUAACAAAAGAAACCACCCAGAAAAUAUACACAGAUGAAGAAUUAAGUACAUCAAUUGAAGCUGUCCUUAAUCUUAUGGAUGCUAAUAAUGAUGGUUAUAUAGAUUAUACAGAAUUCAAAAAUCCAAAACUUACAACGUAAUAAACAUUGUACAAUACUUAUAUAUUAUCUCACAUGAUGUAUAUAGGUAUUACUUUAGUUGCCAAAUGAAGUACCUCUGCUUUUAAUGUUUACUAGUUUCGAUUAGUUAUGUAAUUUUAAAUGUUGCAAGAAUCAUUUUUGCAGAUUACACAGUUACUUCCCAUUCUGAAGGUGCCUUUUCUCAACUUGACGAUUUUAUCAUUUACACCUAUUGUCUUCAAAAGCCAAGAUCUACGAGUUGAUAAAUGGCAUUUGCGAGUUGGCGAAGAGUAUAGACCAUCAUACCCAUAUUUUUGUUUUUGCAAAAUGUGAUACUUCUAAGACUUGUUAAAUAGGAAAAUAUUAUAUUUGUUAUGAUUUUUAUUGUAAUCUGCUCUAGCAUAAUUUUUUAAGAUAAUUGUUUCUUUCAUUCCCAUCUCUUUGAUCUGGGUAAACUACUAUUGUACGACUACCUAUAAUUGUAAGGGCGUCCAAAAACGAGACUGGUAGCUGUAAGUGUUGAUUAUCCAAAUUAAAUGUUGUAAAUCUUUGAUAUGAAUUUUUAAAAAAUAAAAUGUCGCUAUUCUUC